CUAUGGCAACACCCGCCAUCAUCUCUUCGACCAAUACCAGUGAUAAUUCUGGAUCGGGUCCGGGAUUGCUUAUAGCCUUGUCGACGUUCUUCGGCGUCCUUGUAGUGUUUUCCUGCAUUCGCUGCUUCAUAAACAAGAAAAACAUUGAUAAUCUGGCUGACCAGCUCAACAAAAUUGAUGACUUUCUUUCCAACUUGGAGAAGCUCAAGCCGAUGAGGUUCUCCUCAGAACAGCUCAUCAUCGCCACAGAAGACUUCGCCCACAUGCUCGGUGCAGGUGGUUGCGGUACAGUCUAUAAGGGCUCAUUCCCGAACAGUGCUACAGUAGCAGUAAAGGUUCUGAGGGGAAGCUCCGACCAACAAAUCGAAGCGCAAUUCAUGGCAGAGGUGAGCACUAUAGGAAGAAUCCACCAUUUCAAUUUGGUGAGGCUCAUCGGCUUUUGCUUCGAAAAUAGCAUGCAGGCUCUCGUUUACGAGUUCAUGGAGAACGGCUCACUCGAUGGGUUCCUGUUCAGAAACAAGGAAAGGAUCCCAUUUGAUAAGCUUCACGAGAUCGCACUGGGGACAGCGAAGGGCAUAGCGUACCUCCACGAAGAGUGCCAGCAAAGGAUAAUCCACUAUGACAUAAAACCUGGCAAUAUAUUGCUUGAUCAAAACUUGUCCCCCAAAGUCGCAGAUUUCGGUUUGGCGAAGCUUUGCAAUAGGGACGCAACCCAUGUCACCAUGACAGGGGGGAGGGGAAGGGGGACCCCGGGUUACGCGGCGCCGGAGCUAUGGAUGCCAUUCCCUGUUACUUAUAAGUGUGAUGUCUACAGUUAUGGGAUGUUACUAUUUGAGAUUGUGGGGAGGAGAAGAAAUCUGGAAUUCAAUCUUCCCGAGAGUCAAGAGUGGUUCCCCAAAUGGGUCCAGGAAAAGUUUAAGAAAAAAGAGAUAGAUGAGAUUGCAAAGAUUUGUGAGAUUGAGGAAGAUAAUGGAGAAAGAGCAGAGAGAAUGGUUAAGGUUGCUCUUUGGUGUGUUCAGCAGAAGCCUGAAAUGAGGCCUUGUAUGAGCAGUGUAGUGAAAAUGCUAGGAGGAGGGGUUGAAAUCAUUUCACCACCAAAUCCAUUUGCACAUAUGAUAGAUGGAAUGCAUACAGUAGAUUUUCUACCAUUUAGAAACACAAAUGAAGAAUCAUGUAAAGCCUCAUGCAGUGGUAAUGUUAAAGAAAGUGUAUAUUCUAUAUAUCCUUAA